AUGGGCAUCAACAACACCGAACUCAACUACUUGCUCAACGGCUCGUUUACGAAGGCCACUUUGAAGAAGCUGAUUAUCAUGACCGACGAGGACUGUAAGAACUGGAAUGGCAACCCGCUAUUCCGAGAGUUUCAAAUCAACGUCGUCGGUACCUCGGUCGGCUACUGGAAGGCCCUAAAGCGCAUACGAGAAUGGGCGACCAGCGUCCUGAUGGAACACCUCAAAGACCGAAAAAUCGAAAAGGAGGCUGCCGCAAAGAGGGCCGCGGCUGCAAAGACUUCCAAAGACGAAGAUGCUGCUGCGAAGGCUGUCGCUUCCAACUUCUACUUCGAGGGCGAUAAUCUGGUCGCAUUCGACUACUAA